AUGGCGUUCAACGCGUCCACCCCCGGGAGGUCGAGCCCCCGAGACCUCACCGACAGCGGGAGCCUCUUCCGCGAGUUUGAUCCCACCGCCUUUUCCCGUUCAAUCAAGAGCGACCGCUCCCCCUGGGCCGCAACAUCGUCUUCCAGGGGGGCGCGCGCAUGGGCUCCCCAAUACCUGCCAGCAGACCCCCCUACAAGGGAAGGUGGCAGUCGGGAGGUUGGCGCGAGAGACCCCAGUCGCCCUGAGCGUCCCCCUUACGUUCCCUCCAAGCCCUCCGCACGUCCUCCCCCCACCUCGGCAAGGGACUUCUCAAGCGCCCCCACACGCGGCGGCCCCACAUUGGAUCACGCGCCCCGAAUGCACCUGACGCGGCUGCUGGCGGCAUCUGGCGCAAGGGGCCUGGAGGUUGUUACGAGGAUGGCGAAAUUGGGCAAAUCUGGGAGCCAGAAGGAAACCAAUGAUCUGUACAAAGGGCUGGCAGCGAUCGGUGGUCUAGACGCGGUGCACGCUGCUGCAUCUCUUCUCGGCGAUGACGUCAACCUUGCCAGAGUCAAUGGUACUACUGGGCCCCGUGCGACUCGCGGCCUGAUUUCGCCCCUUGCGGCUGCCUUUGGUCUGAACACUCAGGCCGACUUUGACGCGCUCACCCAGGGACUGGCUCAGCUGGGAGGCGUCGCUCUAGUUGCCGACGUAGCGGCGGCCGAACCCGAGAUGCAGGCAGUCGACGAGAACCUGCACGACCUCGAGAACGCGAUUGGGGCGGACCUCGGGCUGCCACCCCAAACCCGCGGCUCGCGCGCGGGCCUCCCCGAUGACGUCACCGCGACGCUCCAGCAGGCUGGUUUGGGCGCUCUUUCGGACGGCAUCAGUUGGGCGUCCGGCGGAAAGGCGUCCGUCGAUCGCGUGCUGGCGACGGUGGGCCCUGCUGGCGCGGAGAUCGUGCGGUUCCUGGCGGAAGAGAGGGGCGCCGUGCGCGACGCCGCCAAAAACGAGGCCCUCGCGCAGAUCGCGGCGCUGGGCGGCGUGGAGGGGCUGCACGCGGCCGCGGUCGCGACCGGGGACAGAGGUCUAUUCGGCGACAUCUUCGGCGGGAUCGCAAACGGCGCCAUGUUUUGGUGUCUGCUUCUUUCCUCACGCCUAGUUCUAAGUCACCGCGCCUUUCUUCGUCGGUUUGCAGGUCUUUUCGGCGACAUCUUCGGCGGGAUCGCAAACGUCGGCAUGGGGAUCCUACAGGGCGGUAUGGGCGGCGGCCUACCGGGCGCUCUCAUGGGGGGCGCCGGGGCGGGCCUCAACCUAGUUGGCAGCCUGAUCGGCAACCGGGACAUCGAAGCCAAGGCUGCGGAGAGCAACGUCGUGCUCGCCAACCUAGUUGCCGUGGCCGGGCCCCGGGGGAUCCCCCUGGUCGCCGAACUGCAGAGGACAACUGACGACGCCAAGAUCGGGCUGGCGUACCAGGCGAGGCUCUUGAGGCCGCUGAAGAAUUAUUUGCAAUCUUUCCGCUUGGCGUACCUCGCGGGCGACGACGCCCCGAGCGCGCUCGCGGCCGCGGCGCAGCUUUCCGGCGACCGCGGCCUGCUGGACAUGCUGAAGACGGCCGCCGGAAAGGCGGGCAGCUGGGCCGCCAAGACCGGGACGGCGCUCGCCAAGGACGCCGCCAAGCAGGCGAUCCACGGAGCGCUCGACGCGUUCAACAGCGGUGCCACGUGGCAGGACUCUCUGCAGGCGGGCUUCGAUCGCGUCAAGAACGAGUCGACGAUCGGCAAAGCCGGCAGCGCGGCCGCGGGUUUCCUGGGCGGCGGCUCCCGGAGCGUGGAGCGUUCCCGUUCCGCUCCCGACACCGGUUCCGGUUCCGAUUCCGACCUCACCGAAGACCAGCGGAGCGCCCUGCAGCAGCUGGAGAACCACCCCGAGAUCAAUCCGUUGCUUUUGAAGCAGGCCCACCUUUUGGCGACCAGUUCCGAGUCGGAGCUCCUCCCCGGCACCCGGAGCAUGAUCCAGGGCGCGCUGAUCGGCAAACUAGGGAUGGCGGCAGGGGAGCCCAUCGUCGAGGCGCUGGAGAACCGGACGUACCUUGGAAACGACGACGAUGCCACCGAGAAAGUCUCACGGGCAAUUAGUGGCGGGAUUGCUCGUGCGCGGAGCCUGGCGGGGACGGCUGGCACGAUGACCUUUGGUGGCUAG